GGCUUCCGCCGCCGCCACUCCAGCCUAAUCCCAACCCCAGGGCGAAGCGUUUCCUUAUUUAUUUCCGUUUUCUCGCCACUACAGCCUCCUGACACGGUGAUCCGGGCGGGCCCCGCAGGAAUUUUAUCCCCUCACCGGCCUCACACUAGUAUCGCAUGUCCACUAUCCAGAACCUCCAAUCUUUCGACCCCUUUGCUGAUGCAACUAAGGGUGACGACUUACUCCCGGCAGGGACUGAGGAUUACAUUCAUAUAAGAAUCCAGCAACGGAACGGCAGAAAGACACUGACUACUGUUCAGGGCAUUGCAGAUGAUUAUGACAAAAAGAAACUUGUGAAAGCUUUCAAAAAGAAAUUUGCCUGUAAUGGUACUGUGAUUGAACAUCCUGAAUACGGAGAGGUUAUUCAGCUUCAAGGUGACCAAAGAAAAAACAUUUGCCAGUUUCUCUUGGAGGUUGGCAUUGUCAAGGAGGAACAGCUUAAGGUUCAUGGAUUCUAAAAUGAACCUAAAUACGUGGAGAAUUUCUUGAAUAGUUUUGUUCUCUAAACCUGGUUUGGCUGCCUUGUGAAAUGAUUGCCUGCAGUAAACGGACUUUUCAUUUAUUUAAUCAUUCAAACUUGCAUUCACAUCUGCAUGAUUACAGAAAACAUGGGGUAUGUAGGCUAGUAACACAUAAGAAAAUUGCAGUAAGAUGGUAACAAAACCUCAUAUUCGUCUUUACAUGUUUCCAAUGGAAAAUGUUUCGAGUGUUUAUUGUUCAGUUUAUUACGUUUCACUUGAUUAAAUGUUUUUUGUUGUAUUAAACCAUGUACGUUGCAGCUUAACAAUAAAAAAAAAAAUCUAUGAAUCCUUGUGAGC